AUGAGCGUAGAUUUAAGUAAAUACAGUAUUGUAAAAUGGUUCGACAGCGUAGAAAAGCACCAUUGCGGUUACUGCAAAUCGGAAAACAGUACAUCACACGGAAUGUGGGCUGAUUCUCUCACAGUCGACGAUUAUCAAAACCUCAUUGAUAGAGGUUGGAGGAGAUCGGGAAAGUACUGUUACAAACCGAUUAUGGAUCAAACCUGUUGCCCUGCGUACACUAUAAAGUGUGAUGCUGUGAAUUUCGCUAUAAGCAAGUCCCAAAAGAAAGUGAUCAAGAAACUAAACAAAUUCUUCAAGCAAGGCGAAUUAAAUGCAGUUGAUGAAAGUAAAUACAAUCGGUUCAUCGAAGGACACGAUGGUGGAGCUUUAGUGCACAAGGAAGAACCAGUAGUCGAUUUUAAUUUAGAUAGAGUAAAAGUUGAUGAUUUAUAUUGUGUUAAUACAGAUGGUACCGCUGUAAAUGAACAUGCCAUUAAAGAUCCGAUUAAUUCGAGCGAACAAAACCAAACUCCUUCAAUUAGCAAAACAAAUGAAAUUGACACAAGUAAAGGAAGCGUUAAAUGUUCAAUGAAGGAGCCGGAUGGUCCAGAUCCGGACAAACCUCCACGUAAAAAGGCCAAAUUGCUCAGACUAGAGAGAAAAAGAGAAAAAGCUGCGAAACGAGGUGUUGCUUAUGAAAAAACGCAAACGGUAAACGUUCCCAAAACUUUAGAAGAUUUCCUCAACGAGGGAUCUUCAAUUGAUAACAAACUCAAUCUCCGAACUCGAUUGAUCCCGACUAGUGUUCAUUCAAGCGAUUGGGAAGAAAUCGAACAGAUCGAAUUCGAAUUGUACAAAAAAUAUCAAACCGUCAUUCACUGCGAUCCGCCUUCGAAAUUAUCGCUGAAUAAGUUUCUGAGAUUUUUAGUCAAGUCCCCUUUGAAGCCCGAGAAUUUUCCUGAAAACAUCGAAGGCCCCGGUUACGGAUCCUUCCAUCAACAAUACUGGCUCGACGAUAAACUAAUAGCAGUAGGCGUGAUAGACAUCUUACCGAAAUCCAUUAGUUCAGUAUACUUUUUCUACGACCCCGAUUACAGACGAUUAACGUUAGGCACUUACGGGUCAUUGAGGGAAAUCGAGCUGACUAGACGACUUCAACGAUCGCUGCCCAAUCUGAGGGACUAUUACAUGGGUUUCUACAUACAUUCAUGUUCUAAAAUGAGGUACAAAGGGCGAUUGAGGCCUUCGUUUUUGGCCUGUCCGGUCACGUAUACUUGGUUGCCUAUCAAAACGUGUCUGGCUCUUCUCGAUUUGAAACCCUACAGUCGUUUGAACGAAGAUCAGACCGUCUCCGAUCGAAAUUUCCCAUCGGAAAGUAACGUUAACGGGAUUCGAGUCGUACACGAUUGUACGUUAAUGUUCUAUAGGGAUUACAGGAGGAUCUAUGGUAAUUCCGAAGACGGGAAAUUCAGGGAAAUCGCCGAGUUGGUGGGGAAAGUGUGUUUGAAAAACAUGCUUUUUUGGGAGUGA